UAGAAUGGUAGAAAAUCUCUAUAAUCUUUUAUACUCUACGCGGUUCCAAGAAACCCCGAAAAAUUCUCGAAGCAAAAAAGAAGAAAAAAAAAGGUCAAAAAUUCCAAGUAAAUUAUUUAUUUUUGCGGUUUCGGAUUCUGGGUAAUCAUCAUAAUCAUCAUCACCAUCAUCUUCUUUGUGAUUUCAUAUUAUUCUUUCUUAUAUUUUCUCGCUGUCUCUGCUUUUCUCAGGGAGGUUUUAUAUAGCCAUUGGAGAGGCUCUUUUGUCUUUUUGAAGUUAAUUUUUCUCAUUUUGGAGCUGGAAAAAAGUUGAAUUAUAUAGUUUGAGAUUGGAAGAGAAAAGGGUAUUUUUCUGUUUUUCGUUUCAUUGAAAUUUGAAGGAGAAGUUAGGGAUUUGGAUUGGAGUUUUAGGGUUCUCUAGCUGUGGGUUUUUUUUGUCUUUUAUUGGGGAUUAAUUUGGGGUUUUUAAGACUUUUAGGGCCUAUGUGUUGCUUUUUCAUCCAUUGAUGUCCUUUGAUUGAAAUUUGAAGAAUUGGGAAUUUUCUUCAUGAAUUAGGGUUUUGGUUGUAUAUGAUAUAAGGAUCUUCAGUGGUCUCUGUUCUUUCGAUUGUGAUUCGAUGUUUCAAGUGAAUAAUUGCAGUUGAUUGGUUUGUGAUAGCCAGAAAACUGAGUUUAGGGUGUUUGAGAUUUAAGUAUAGGAGUGAGGAUUUUAGUCUUGAAACGUCUGUGAGUUCAAUUUUCGAGUGAAUUAUUGCAUUUGGUUGGUAACUUGGUAUGUGAUUGCUGGAAAACCGAGUUUAGGGUGUUUGAGAUAUACAUAUAGGAGUGAAGAUUUCAGUCUUGAACUGUUGGUGAGUUCGGUUUAGGUGUAAUUUACUGCAUUUGGUUGGUACGUGGUUGCUGGAAAACUGAGUUUAGGGCGUUUGAGAUAUACAUAUAGUAGUGAGGAUUUUAGUCUUGAAACAUCGUUGAGUUCAGUUUUCAAGUGAAUUAUUGCAGUUGGUUGGUACGUGAUUGCUGGAAAACCGAGUUUAUUAUUUGAGAUUAAUAUAUAGGAGUUAAGAUUUUAGUCUCGAAACGUCGGUGAGUUCGGUUUACAAGUGAGUUUUUUGCAGUUGGUUGGUAUGUGAUUGCUGGAAAACUGAGUUUAUGGUGUUUGAGAUUUAUGUAUGGGAGUGAACAUUUUAGUCUUGAACAGUUGGUGAGCUUGGCUUACGAGUGAGGUUUUUUCAGUUGGUUUUUAUGUGAUUGUCGGGAACUGGCUUUUGGGGUGUUUGAGAUUACGUAUAGGAGAAUUUUUCGGUAUGGAUGAUGCUCAGAGCAGUUCAAGUUCACUCCCUCCAUUCCUUACAAAGACGUACGAGAUGGUUGAUGAUCAUUCUACAGAUUCUAUUGUUUCUUGGAGUGCAAGUAACAGAAGUUUCAUUGUAUGGAAUCCGUUGGAAUUCGCGAGGGAUUUACUUCCAAGAUUCUUCAAACACAACAACUUUUCUAGCUUUAUAAGACAGCUUAAUACAUAUGGUUUCCGGAAAAGUGAUCCCGAACAAUGGGAAUUUGCGAACGAUGAUUUCAUAAGAGGUCAACCUCAUCUUUUGAAGAACAUACAUAGACGGAAACCGGUUCAUAGUCAUUCAAUGCAGAAUCUAUUAGGUCAAGGAGCUUCUCCAUUAACGGAAUCAGAGAGACAGAGUUUUCGGGAUGAGAUCGAGAGGCUUAAAAGCGAAAAAAUGUCACUCGUUCUAGAGUUAAAGAGACACGAGGAGGAACGACAAGGAUUCGAGAUGCAAAUGCAGAUUUUGAGGGAGCGUUUACAAACUAUGGAGCGGCGGCAACAAAGUAUGGUGUCUAAUGUAGCUCGAGCCUUGAAGAGACCGGGAUUUCCUAUAGAUCCAACUCCACAAUUCGAGGCUCAUGUUAGAAAAAGAAGGUUACCAAGAAUUGCUUACUUAUACGAUGAAUCCAGGAUCGAAGAUAAUCCAAAUCCAGAUACCGCAUCAAUGUCCAACACGGAUCCAUUCGAGCAAUUAGAAUCAUCCAUGGUGUUUUGGGAGAACGCCAUACAUGAUUUUGGUCGAGCCAACGUGUUUGACGAAUCAACGAGUUGUCCAGAAAGUCCAUCUAUAUCUUCCAUACAACUCAACAUUGAAACUCAACCUAAAUCCCCUCAGAUCGACAUGAAUUCCGAGCCAUCCACCGUAGUUACCCCAGAGCCCGUUACAUCAACGGAACAACCUGCUCCUCCACCAGCUGGGGUUAAUGAUGGAUUCUGGGAACAAUUUUUGACCGAAAAUCCAGGUUCAACAGAUACUCGAGAAGUUCCACCCGAAAGAAAAGAUCCCGAUACAAGAAAAGACGAAGACAAACCCGAGGGUCAUAGCAGAUUUUGGUGGAACAACAUGAAGAAUGUAAAUAACCUUACAGAACAAAUGGGGCAUCUUACUUCUGCAGAGAGAACUUGAUAUUGGUUUCGAUGUCUUGAUAUUUCAGGUUCGGGUACGAUCAUCAGAUACGGGUAUGGGUUCUUUCACGUAUUUGAGUACUUACAAGAAAAAUGAAAAAUUGAAACGACCCGAAUUUCAGAUGUAUCAUAUUUAGGUUUCUAGGCAUGUCAUGGUCAUAUUUUAGGUACUAUAGAGCUUAUAGUGAUUCAUAUGGCUUUAUUUUUCAUAUAUAUAUAUAUUAACUGCUUCAAUAUAGUUCAGUUUCACAUAUUUUUGAGAAAAUAA